GUGGGUAAAGAGGAAAUAAAAGAAUCAUUUUAAGGUUUGUUUGUGCCUGGAAGAGAAGGACAUAAGGCAGAGGACAUCCUGGCUGAGAUGGCAGUCGGUCACAGGGCACACCCACAAAAGGGGGCAUCGAGAGAGACAAAUUCAACCAGCCACAUGAGCUUGAAGAUUGGAAGGUGACCUGUACAAACAGGGCUAGAACAUUCACAGCCUGAAUGUUUAAAUUUUCAAAGGAAGUUGUACUUUCGGUUUGAUGUGAGAUUACUGCCAUCGUCACAGUAACUGUCAGCAAAUCAGUUUCUAGACUUGCAAACACAUCAUCAAGGCUGAAGCGCAUUUCUUUCUAAAAGUCAGCGAGACAGCGAGGUGGCAAAGAUGGAUGAGCUUGAUUUCCUUCUGGAGGAACUGGCGCAGACGACUUCCCAUGAUGCAGAUGCUGUUCCUCAGGCUAAUGUGGGAGUAACUGGGACAGGCGAAGCAACCAGUAAGCCUGGGCAGAUCACUCCGGUGUACUCCACCAAGCUGCCAGCCAGGGAUACAUCCAGCGUCCACGUCUACAGCCAAAUCCCAGACCCGGUGGAGACCACGCUGUUGAGUCCCAGCUCGGCCACAAGGGAACUGGACUCCAUUAUGCAGCACCUUCUGGGCCUGGAACAAGGGCUCUGCGAUUCUCCCACAACCUCGGCACCAUCCCCGCUCAUUCCAAAAUCGGGACAGGAGGGGGAGAAGAAGGAGAGGAAGGAGGUGGAUGAGGGACAAGCGAAGGGAGGAAAGGACAGUGCAUUGGGCACCUGUGACAAUGCGUCCAAGGAGGAGGUCAAACCCAGCAAAGCUGCUGCCUCCAUAGAUGAUCUCCUAGGCAGUCUGGCUUCCGACAUGGAGAAGAUGGGAGUGCAGACCUCAGCCAAGGGCCAUUGUGCCUCCUGUGGGAAGUGCAUUGUGGGAAAGUUCAUCACGGCCCUGGGGCAGGUGUGGCACCCGGAGCACUUUGUCUGCCUGAUCUGUAGGGUGGAGCUGGGCACCACCGGCUAUUUCGAGAGGGAGGGGGAGGCCUAUUGCCAGAAGGACUACCAGAACCUCUUCUCUCCUCGCUGUGGCUAUUGCAAGGCUCCCAUUCUGCAGAACAUCCUGACAGCCAUGAACCAAUCCUGGCACCCUGAGCACUUCUUCUGCGCUGAAUGUGGAACGGUGUUUGGUUCUGAGGGGUACAUGGAGCGUGAGGGCAAGCCUUACUGCAGCAAAGACUUUUACCGUCUCUUCGCGCCCAAAUGCUCUGGCUGCGGAGAGCCAGUGCAGGAGAACUACCUGUCUGCGGCCAACGGGACCUGGCACCCGCAGUGCUUCGUCUGUGCUGACUGCCUGACCCCCUUUUCGGAUGGCUGCUUCAUGGAGCUGGACGGCCGCCCCCUCUGCAUGCUGCACUAUCACUCGCGGCAGGGCACGCUGUGCGGAGGCUGCGGCGCCCCCAUUUCAGGCCGCUGCAUCGCUGCACUCGACCGCAAGUUCCACCCGGAGCACUUCGUCUGCGCCUUCUGCCUGCGGCAGCUCGCCCAGGGGGUGUUCAAAGAGCAGGCAGGCAAACCGUACUGUGCCACCUGCCACAGCAAACUGUUUCUUUGAUGGUGAUGGAGACAGCACCCCCUGGUGGUCAGUCACAUGAUCACAAUGUUCCCUGCUCACAGCUCAGCUAGCGCAUGCAUGGUGCAGGCAGUCAGCCAUGACAGGGCCUCAUCUUCAGGUGCUCCUCAAUUCACCGAAUGUUCGCCGCCUAGCUAGAAGUUACAUGCGUUACAGAUUCUGCUGCAGUCCCGAUGACGCCUUGUGUCAAGCUUUAAAUCUUCACUUCUAUUUUUGUUACUUUUUCUGGUGAAUAAAAAGGAGCCGUGG